CAUUGGCGACCUUUGUUUGACACCAUUUGACCCGUCACCCCCAGGAGUCUUUUGAAAGUACUAGUUUCAUAUCUCAAUCUCACAGACUCAAUAUUCAGCGAUUCAUGAGGCAAGAACUUUAUAACACAUUGGCCCGGUCAUAUGUUACCGUACGGUGCAUGUCAUGAUGCCAAGUUAAGGUCAUGGGAUCUGCCUCUUCCAAGCGGUAGGACGUGGAGAUAAGAGCAUGCUGUACUCAUUAGAAUAACCCGCAUGCUUUCCCACAUCCUUCCAGUGUAUCUGAAUGCACCAUGCUCGUGUCCUUAGGUUUCCAUCUUACGGUUGUGUCUGUGAUUUUAGGUGUUCCGACUAUCCUGGCCGUACAAGUUCAUCCAGUCAAGCGCAAUGACGUCUCAGCUGCUACAUGCAUCGAUGGAUACUCAUGGAUGGACAACAGUCAGGGUAACUCGCCUUGCCUUACAGCCGCUUAUGUAGGGGGUGCGUGCACCGGGAACAACUACGUCCAGCCAAUCCUGAUCAAUGGCUAUUCGUACUCCUUACCAAAUUCUUCGACCGCAAAUGAAUGUUCUUGUUCUUGGUCGUUCUAUAAUCUCAUGAUGGCCUGCACUCUAUGUCAGGGAGCUAAUGAUUCUGUUGUCUUUGAAUGGCCUCGAUGGUCAUCCGGAUGCGCCACGAACCCAUCAUGGACACAAAAGUAUUUCCCUUCUGGAUAUGAGCUUGCUGGGAAUGCGUCUAUACCUUACUGGGCUACUAUCGAUCCGACAACAUGGACAACCGUGACUUUCAAUAUCCUAGAUGCGAACGCUACUUAUCAAAGGAAUUCUUCUAGCAUCACCCCGGGCUCCUUAUUAUUAUCUAGCGGUUCAAGCUCAAGAUCAACUGACAUGGGCGCGAUAGUUGGCGGUACCAUCGGAGGUGCAGCCGCACUUCUUUUUCUCGUAAUUGCCGCCUAUCUACUGUACAGACGUCACGUAUACAAGAAAGGAGUUUAUGUCUCUGUUAUCAACCAACAAGGGAGGACCUUUAUGUAUGAGACUGCAUAUACUUCACAACCUCAGACAACAUACCUACCUCUUCCACGGAUAGAUAGUAACGGUCAACGUCCUAAUGUCAUACCAAUGGUUUAAAUGUAUGGUGUAUCUUACAAGUUUUUUAUACUUAAAACGUCAGAUGCCCCCGCAUUCAGUACCUUAUGCUUAUUAUCUAGAGUUUGCUGAAUUUUAUAUAGCGAGCAAAACAGAGAUCAGGGAAUUCA